GCGCGCUUUGCCUUACGUUGCCGUUUCCACGGGCUCACUUUGUCGCUGAUUCCCACCGGUCCCCUGUUUCCUCGAUAGAAAUAUGCGGACAUUUCCGUCUUCCUUCUAAACCCCUCUCCAAAGAGGUUCGCAGGAUCCUCACUCUUCUAUAUAAAGGCAGGCAAGAUAGCCUUAGUUUUCCAAGUCCUUUCGGUACACCCAUAGCGCAGUCGUCCUCCCCUGUUUCCAAAGGAGAAACAAUUAAUCGGUCUACCAGGAUGGUGAAGCAAAAAAUUGUUAUGAAGGUCUCGAUGGACGACUCCAAGAAGCGCUCGAAAGCUCUCAAGAGUGCUGUUGGAUCAACCGGUGUAAUAUCUGCAAAAAUAGACGGGGACAAGAUGGAAGUGGAGGGAGAUGGAGUCGACUCGAUUGCACUGACAACAACACUUCGGAAACGAAUGGGCUAUGCCGAGCUGGUUAGCGUUGCAGCAAUGGAUGAGAAGAAGGAAGAGAAGAAGGAGGAGAAGGAGACCGUGCCGCCGGCGACCUGGGCAUAUCCUCACGUCCCUGUGGUGGUUCAUCAGCCCUACUACGACUCUAAUUGCAAUAUUAUGUAGGACUUGCCGACAAAGGCAGCACAAAAAGGUUGGGCGCGUCCGGAUUUCGAAGAAGGACGACUCAUGUGCUCUCUGUCCGUCGGUUUGCUUGCGAUCCGUAAAUGGUGGUCGAUACGGAGUUGCAUGUAAUUUUAUUUUUACUUCUUAUUUGUUUUAUAGGUUAUGUGGGGUCUGGGUGUGGCUCUGGUCGGUCUGUCCCCUUUUUUUCUUUUUUUUUUGCGUGACGGUCUGUCCCUUUAUGAAUGGCUUGAAUAUAGAAUGGCAGGUUUUGGGAGAAUAUUCUGGUACCU